AAUGCUGCUAUUUUUAUGCCCUCCUGUGGGAUUUGCCAGUUGUCCUUUCUGAUUAUUUUCUGGAACAGAGCUUCAAGAACCCUUGCCUGGUCUAUUUACUACUCCUGGUUUCUGUCUUUUCAGGUUUCUCCAUCGCCAGCGGCUACAGAACCAACAAAACCUCGUCCUAAAAAAGCCCCAGAGCUGCCAAUCCUGGAGAGGAAGAACUGGUUGAUUUAUCUGCUCUACGUCCGCAGAGACUACGAGGAGUGUAAGGCUGUCAUCAAAGAGCAGCUCCAGGAGUCCCAAGGGCUCUGUGAAUAUGCUGUCUAUGUCCAAGCUUUGAUAUUUCGCUUGGAGGGGAGAAUUCAAGAAUCUCUUGAACUUUUCCAGACAUGUUCCAUUCUGAACCCCCGAAGCGCUGACAACCUCAAGCAGGUGGCACGAUCCCUGUUUCUCCUGGGGAAGCAUAAGGCAGCCAUUGAAGUGUACAAUGAAGCAGCAAAACUCGAUGAGAAGGACUGGGAGAUCAGCCACAACCUGGGUGUGUGCUACAUGUACCUGAAACACUUCAACAAGGCACGAGACCAGCUCAACCAUGCCCUGGAGCUCAACAGACACGACCUGACCUACAUGAUGCUGGGCAAAAUUCACCUCUUGGAGGGGGAGAUGGAUAAAGCCAUUGAAGUAUAUAAGAAAGCUGUAGAGUUUUCUCCAGAAAACACAGACCUGCUCACAGCCCUGGGCCUACUGUACCUGCAGGCUGGGGAGUACCAGAAGGCUUUUGAACACCUUGGGAACGUGCUUACCUAUGACCCAGGCAACUACAAGGCCACCCUGGCUGCUGGCAGCAUGAUGCAGGCCCACGGGGAUUUCGAUGUCGCCCUCUCCAAGUACAAGGUGGUGGCCAGCACUGUUCCUGAGAGCCCCCCACUCUGGAACAACAUUGGCAUGUGCUUCUUUGGCAAGAAGAAAUACGUGGCAGCUGUCAGCUGCCUGAAGAGGGCAAACUACCUGGCUCCCUUUGACUGGAAGAUCCUGUACAACCUGGGCUUGGUGCACCUCACAAUGCAGCAGUAUGCCUCAGCCUUCCACUUCCUCACUGCUGCCAUCAACUUCCAGCCCAAGAUGGCAGAGCUCUACAUGCUCCUGGCAGUUGCUCUGACCAACCUUGAAGACAUUGAGAAUGCCAAAUGUUCCUAUGAGCAAGCUGUGGCCUUGGACAAGUGCAACCCCCUCAUCAACCUGAACUACGCUGUGCUGCUCUACAACCAGGGCGACAAGGAGGGGGCCCUGAGGCAGUUCCAGGAGAUGGAGAGGAAGGUCACCGUGGCCAGGGAGAGCAGCACACCUGACUUCGACCCUGAGAUGGUGGAGAUGGCCCAGAAGAUGGGGGCUGCCCUGCAGGUUGGGGAGAGCCUGGUGUGGACCAAGCCUUCUAAAGAGUCCAAAUCCAAGCAGAAAGCUGCUGGGUCAGGGAAAUCCAGCUCUCAGCAGCCUUUGGGCUCCAACCAGGCCCUGGGUCAAGCCAUGUCCUCUGCUGCAGGGUAUGGGAAAACCAUGCAGCUCCCCCCAGGUGCUGCAACACCAGCUCUGCCAAAGAAGCCUCCCUCCCUGCCUCUGGAGCCAGAACAGGAGCAGGACUCAGAAACGAGCCCUGAGGAGAGCCCAGCUCCCACAGGGGACGGGGAGCAGGGCAAGGAGAAGCACCAGAGCCAGGAGGCAGCAGAGUAGGGCAGCUCUGGGCAGCACAGGCAGUGCAGGAGCCUCUCCAGGGCUGCCUGGGGCUGGGGAAAGGGACCUGCCCCACCCUGCCCCACCCUGCCCCAUUGUGGCUUCUCCCCACUGCCUGUCAGUCUGGAUGGAGCUGUUUGCUAUCAGUGAUUUCAGCCUGUGGCUCUGCCCUGUUGCAGGGAGUCACUGCAGUGACCAGAGGUGUGUGUAGCUACUCUGAGUGCAGUCACAACUCACCACCCAGCUCUCCCCAGGCUGGCUGUGAGUCCUCCAGAAGGACCCUUAGCAAAGGCAGCAGUAGUGAUUUAGGAUCCUGGGGGGUGAGGAGAAUCAAACCCCUCCAGUGGCUGAACUGGUGAGCAGCUUUGCAUAAAGAACCAGUAAACUGAAGCUUCAGGGCUCUGUGUUUGCUGGUGAAGCUCCCCAGCUGUUUGACACUUUAUUUCCUGCUGUUAGUUCUGCACUCUUGGACUGUGUCCCUCCCUGAUGAGCAGCCCAGGAGAGGAAGGUUACUCAUGGAAACAUCCUGGAGGCAGCAUGAGCAGGGCUCUGGGUACAUCCCAGCCUUAGCUGGCCUUGGUGGUUUGUUGCUCUUAUCCUUAAUGCAUCUUCAGAGCCCAGCCAGGAGCUGGAGUGCUCUCCUGGUCCCUGGAGAACACUGAAAGAGUGGGACCCCUCACUUUCCCCUGGGUUCUGCCAGCCCAAACUGACUGCUUAUCUUAAAUGUGGCUUUUGUUCCUCUCAGGUGUCCUUUCUGCUGGGUUUUGUGUCAGUUCAGCCCCAGGGCAGCACUUCUGUAAGGAUUCCCUCCUGCCAGGAGUUAAACAGAACUUUUUUGCAGAGCAUUGGCAAUUUGAAACAAACCAGACAAGAAACAGUGUCAGUCAGGUACAGUGCAGAGAUUUUUAUUCACAUUUAACUUCUUACACUGAAAGUCCCUGCAGCCUAACAGAGUGCCUGGGAAGAAGAGGUGAGGAUUGAAGAACAGGGGUGGGCAGGGGCUCUGAAUUUUUCACUUCAGCCCCAAAACUUGAAUUCAAGGCAGAUUUUUGUCCUUUGAUGCUUUGAUGGGAUAAGUGUCACACAGGGAGCACAUACUGCACUUGGAGGUACUGUGAAGGGAUUUAUUUUAAAUAUAUAUUUUGUGAAAAGCUUAUGCAACAGUGAACCAAUUCUUCUAUGAAAUGAAGCAGUACCACCUUCUUUCUUCCUGGGAGCUUCAUGUCUAGGGGAGCAUUUUAAAAUAUGUAAUUCCAGUUGGAUAAUAAAUAGACCUGCAAUUGCUGUCCUGUCCCCUUUCCUCCCCUGGGCCUGGUGAUGGUGGCAUUUGCAUGCAGUGAAUUCCUGGGAUCGUUCUGGAGAGCAUUUCUGUGCUAAUGGUAAUGAGGCUGGACUGCCCUUUCAGCUGGAAUUAGGCAAGGGACUCUUCAGCAGGACUGCACUGAGGCAUUUAGGGGUUUUGGAAAUCACACCUUAUGUUCCAAAACCUGUUUCUGGCAUCAGCCAUAAUUCUAAUCCCCUCUUUUCUCCCCCUUAACUGGAAAGAAUCAUGAGCUUAAUUUUGAGGGAAGCAGAAACCAUCUGCUUUAGGACUUUUCUUCCCCUUUUUAGGGAAAGGUCUGUGAUGAACAGGGUAAAGCAGAGCUCACAAGGUAUUUUGCAUCUUGGCUUCUGCACAGGAAACAAAAGUCAUUCAGACAUCAAUGCCUGAGUGGCAAGACCUUUUUCCAGCCAAGAGUAAUGAUCUGUCUAUCCAGCAACAUGUGUUCAACCCAAAACAUGUGGUGUUGAGGUCCCUGAGACAACUGGAUGCUGAUUUAUGCUACAGGCAGGAUUAGUGGCUACAUGCUGUGCUCCUGUGCUUAGUUGUGGAUGUGGGGGCCUUAAAGCUGUUGAGAAUUUGGAUUUCCCAGUUGGGGAGUGGGUUUCAGUUGGCAAAGCCUCUUCUGCAGAGACAGACUCAGUGCUGAACGAGGGAAAGCUUUGCUAAAAUAAUAAGCUCCACACAGAAAUGCAUUAAAAAAGAGCCCAUGUUGUAACAAGUACUCCAUCUGCCAAGACUUUUCUAGAAGAGAAAACCCAGUUUUGCUACAAGGAAAGCUUUACCACUCCCUCAAACCACACUGCUCCAAAAAAUCUGUGUUUUUAAUGGGAGACACAGGUGAGAUUUGAACCCAGUUUUACCCAGUCUGCACCAAGGGGAAGCUUUCCUGAGAAAUUCACAGGGGAGGUUUCCAGGGUUUUUAUUCCAUUGCCUCCCCUUGCAUUUAAAUGGGAUAACUGCUGCCAUCGUUUGUGUUCCUCAGCUGCUGGGAGCUCUGCUGGGCACAGGCUGAUGCCAGGCUGUUGGAACAGAGCUCCUGGCACAGCAGGGAAUGGCCAUGUGCUGUUUGCAACCUGCACCUCUCCUUUCCUGAGGGAACAUCCUCCACCAGAGUCUGCACCAGUGACUCCCUGAGAACCCUGCCUGCAUCCAGCUGAGGUACCCGAGUGAAAGAAGAGAACUUCAUCCAACAUCUCCAAGGGGUAGAACCAGCAUUCCUGGCUCUGAAAUCCAAGUUUUAUUGCCAAGGCUACUCAGACCCAGUAUUUUCCUCUGCUUUUCUCCUGUUCUCCCCAACACUCUGAGUUCCUUAGCCCAGGAAUAGCAAGGCAGCAAUUGUGUGACACAGAUCUGUACCAGCACUGCUCUGGAACAGAUGGCACAGAGACAAUACUGGCACAGAGACACUUGAGCUGUUCACUCACACAACCCUCAGCCUUCCCCUAAGCUGCAAGCUCCAAAAGAACUCCCAACCAACAUUUUAGGAUAACUGGAAACUGAGUUCUGUUGUACCAUUUCACAGAACUGGCCCAUUAUUCAACUCUUUGCUCAGGACAUGGCUGGAAAAGUCACCCUGUGGCACACAAACCCUGAUAAUUCAGUG